UGCUGCGUUCAAAGAUGGAGUCCUUUGACAGAGUGUCCUUCAGGACCUGCAGUGUUUUGUUGUUCAUCAUUCUUCUGAUAGAGUCUGUUGGAGGUGCUGUCUACUCGCCCAUCAUACAGGUUGUCUCAGAUAACAGCAUCAGUGUGGUGUUUCAGUGUAAGUCUGAAGGCUGGUAUCCAGAGCCUGAGGUGUUCUGGCUGGAUGGUGAGGGAAACCUCCUCUCUGCUGGACCUACAGAGACAGUCAGAGGUCCUGAUGACCUCUAUACUGUCAGCAGCAGAGUGACUGUGGAGAAGAGACACAGCAACAGCUUCACCUGUAGAGUCCAACAGAAGGACAUCAACCAGACCAGAGAGACACACAUCCAGGUUACAGCUGGUUUCUUCAUGGAUCAGUCCUCUUUGAUAGGGAUCGGGAUCUUCACCAUUGUUGUUUAUUCUCCUGUCUUGUUGCUUUUUAUUUUAAUACUGACACGGAAACAUUCUCAUUUUCAGAUGUUUUCCACGAAACCACGGAAUCGGGGAGAAGCUGGGGAACGAAAAGAGCGUGCAGACCAACGGAGAAAGGAAAAGAGAGAUGUAGAAAAAACAAUUCAGCUAUGGAAGACAGAGAAAAAACUUAAAAACAAACAUGACAUCAUUAAAGAAAAGAAGGGGAAAGAACAAAGUGAAAGCGGAGAAGACCGAGGAACUGAAGAGGACACUUCAGUCAGUGAAGACGAUGGACAGAAAUAAGAUGCCCUCAUGAUACAGCAGGAAGAACUGGGGAGAUGAAACCUGAACUUCAGGAAGAGCAACACAGAGACAGCUGACAGUUUAUAACACAAUGCACGCUGCAAAGCAGUUUUUCAUACAAUGUGACUUUAAAAUAAACUAACAGAGAUUAUUAAA